ACAGUAACACAUUGACUUUGAAACCAUCAACAUUUCGUAAAAAAUAUGUCGGAAUUAGAAAAAGGGCUUUUAAAUCCUAAAAGUAAAGUUACUAUAACAUCUAAGGAAAAUAACGACAAUAAACCUAAAGAACAAUGGGGGAAUGAAAUCGAAUUUCUAUUUUCCUGCAUUUCAUUAUCGGUGGGUUUGGGCAAUAUUUGGCGUUUUCCCUAUAUUGCCUUUCAAAAUGGUGGCGGUGCUUUUGUUAUUCCCUAUUUAAUAGUUUUAUUGAUAAUAGGACGUCCUGUAUACUACUUAGAAAUAUUAGUAGGUCAAUUUUCAGGCAGAGGUUGUAUUAAAGCCUUUGAUAUGGCACCGGUAAUGAAAGGUGUAGCUGCUGGUCAAGUCUUAGCUACUGGGGCCUCCAUCACCUAUUAUUCCAGCAUAAUGGCUUUAACAUUAAGAUUUUUAAUAGCGUCGUUUUCAAAAGUUUUACCAUGGAGCUAUUGUCGCAAAGAAUGGGGUUCAAUAUGUUUGGAAAACGAUUUGAUGGCAAAUAACACAACUGACAGUUUAAAUAAAAUGUCACCCGCUGAGCUUUAUUUUCAAAAUGAAAUUUUACAAGAAUUCCCUAACAUCGACAAUGGCAUUGGUUCACCUAAUUGGGAAUUGGUAGGCUGUUUGGCCUUGUCAUGGUGUAUUAUAGGAGCAGUAUUAAUAAGAGGCAUCAAAAGUUCGGGCAAGGCAGCUUAUUUCUUGGGUGUAUUCCCCUAUGUGGUUCUAAUAAUUCUCCUGAUAAGAGCUGUCACUCUACCAGGAGCUUUACAGGGCAUAAUCUACUUUUUCAAGCCACAAUGGCAGGAGUUACUCAAUCCUUUGGUCUGGUAUGCAGCUGUUACCCAAGUAUUUUUCAGUUUGGCCAUUUGCUUUGGUACUUUGAUCACCUAUGCUUCCUACAACAAUUUCAAACGGAAUGUUUACAAUGAUAUUGUCAUUAUAACUACCAUGGAUUCUUGUUCCUCGAUAAUUGCUGGCUGCAUUACUUUUGGCAUCCUGGGUAAUUUAGCUUUUCAAACGGGUAACACCGAUAUAGCAAAAGUGGUGAAGGGCGGCGCGGGUUUGGCUUUUAUAUCUUAUCCAGAUGCCAUAGCAAAAUUUGAAUUUAUACCACAGGCAUUUGCGGUCCUUUUCUUUUUGAUGCUAUUUGUCUUAGGUAUAGGCAGUACAGUGGGCAUGGGUUCUUGCAUAAUACGCGUAAUCAGGGAUCAAUUUGUUAAGUGUCCCAAUUGGCCUUUAGCCUUGGGUUUGAGUGUGUUGGGUUUUGCCAUUAGCAUUAUCUACAUGUGUCCCGGGGGACAAUUUAUAUUGAAUUUGGUGGAUUUCUAUGGAGUUUCUUUUACCGCCUUGAUAUUGGCCAUCGGUGAAUUAUUAGCUGUUGGUUGGGUUUAUGGUAUUAAACGUUUUUGUGAGGAUAUUAAAUUUAUGGUGGGUUUAAAGACCGGCUUAUAUUGGCGUUUAUGUUGGGGUGUUAUAACUCCGGGUCUAAUGUUGGCUGUUCUUAUUUAUACUCUGGCUGAUUUGAAGCCUUUGACCUACAAAAAUGUGGAUUAUCCUUAUAUAGCUCAUGCUUUUGGUUGGUGUUUAUCGGCAUUAGGUCUUUUACAAAUACCCGGAUGGGCUUUAUAUCAAUUUUGGUGCCAAGAUAAGAAGUUAAAUUUUAAACAGAAAUGUUUGGCUUUAUUUAAACCUUCAAGAGGUUGGGGUCCUUUGGAUCAAAAUGAGCGAUAUGAAUACGACAAUUAUCGCAAGAAUGUAGAAAAUAAACAAGGCGGACAACUAAAAGGACAACUAAAUUUUUGGAAUAAUUUAUUUAACUAAAUUAAAACAAUAAUGAAAUCAUUUAACUAAAGACCGAAAUAAAGAAAGUUAACUUCAUCAAAUAUACACAAGUG